AUGGAUUCAGUAUCAGCUGGUUACACAUUUAUUGCUAUAUUAGGUAUUGCAAAACUAGAUAUUUUUGGAUAACUUGUAUUCCUCAGAAUCAAUAGACAAGCCAAUUAUAAAACCAUCUUUGGAGGAUGUGCUUCUAUUGCAGUUAUGAGUGUAAUGAUUCUCAUUUUCAUUACAAAUUUUAUUUCUUUCAUUCAAAAAGAGCAAUUGAAAGUUGUCUCUAUAUCUGAAUAUGAAGAUGUCAUUGACACUAUUUCAUUUCAAGAUUCACAGUUUCUUUUCGCCAUUAAAAUCGAAUAGCUUAAUUUUAUUUAAAGACCAUACUUUAAUAUCACUAUGAAAUAAAAAAACACAGAAGGUGAUGUGAAGAAAGAAACAAUAGACAUUCAAUUAGUUCCAUGUACUUUAGAUCGUUACACGUAAAUAUUUUCAGAAUACAAUAUCAAUUUUACUUAGUAAUUUUAAUAACUUCAUCUGUCAGACUUCUUAUGUCCAAGCAUAAAUACUAACAUCUUGAUUGGAGGUACCUACUCAAGCAAUUAUUUUGAUUUCAUAGAACUAUCUAUUAUUUAGUGCUAAAAUAAUUCACAGAAUUUGUGGAAUCCAAUUUGUGAUAAUCCCAUUGAUACUAGUUAUAAGGUUAGAUUAUAUACAGUAAAUUAAAAUAUUAACCCCUAUAAGCCAAAAGAUUCUUAUAUUUAGCCAUUUUUGGACGAUUCUUUAUCAUUUACUAUUAAUCUAAACUCAACUAAGUUUGCCAACAUUUACUUUACCAAAUAUGAAUUUCAAAAUGACGAAAGUCUUCUACCAAUAAGUAUGAUUGAGGAAAGGACUUUUUUUGUUUUAGAUUCUUCGGAUAUUCAAUAAGAUACUACAGAAAUAGAUGAAAAUUCAUUAGCCAAAUUGCAAUUACGCAAGAAACCCUUUAAAACUAGAUUUUUACGGCAAUAUUAAAAAUUAGAUGAAUUACUUUCCAAUAUUGGUGGAAUUCUUUAAAUUAUGACCUUUUUUAUUGGAUUGCUAGUGACUAUCUAUAAUAGAGUUAAUUACAUGGUUGAGUUGUCCAAUAGAAUUUAUGACUUUAGUAUUGAUGAUUCAUAUACAAAAAAGAUUUAUUCAGACAAUCUAUAAAUUCUAACAGAAUAACAGAAAAAUGAAAGAUUGGGAGGACUUGACUCUAAGAUAUAAACUUCAAAUCAAAGAAUAAUGACAGAGAAUGAUCAAUGUGAUAAUUGUAUUGAAUCAUAUAAGGAGGAAUAGAAGAAUUUUUAAAAGGAAAGUUGUUCCAUAAGAUUAAACUUUACAACUGGUUUAGAUUACUUUUCGAAUUAGUUAUAAAAAAUGUUCGAGAAAAAGAAACCGAUUGCAUUAGAUGUUUAAAUCUUUUUGAAUUAUAUUACAUGUAAUUUUCUAUUUAAGGAGGUUCCAAAAGUUAGAUUAAUGAAUAAAGCAUAGUAAGACAUUUACCUCUAAAUUAGCGAAUAAAUAAUUUCUUAAUCAGAUAUUUAUUCAAUAUUGUCUCGGUUGAAUGAAAUAGAUAAAUUAAAAGAGGUAAUGUUGACUCCAAAACAAUUGGUGAUGUUUAAUUUCACUCCAAAGAAGUUAAUUACAUUGGAAGAUGAAGAUCUGAAAAUAGAUAGAAACAUGGUGGAAUCUUAGCAUAAGUCAUCGAAAGAUAAAUAGAUCGAAUUUCUCAUUUAUGCUAAAAUGAUGCUGAAGUUGAAAAGGUAAAAUAAAAACGAAAAGAACACAAGAUCUAUUAGGUCAAAUAAAAGGGCAAGUUUUCUGCCAUAGCCACUUGAUAAUUAUGUGUACUAGCAAAUCUAUAGUGCUUAUGAUGAGAUCUUCCUGAAUAAGAACCAUCAGGAAACUCUGAAUUCCUAGUUAAUAUCCAUGUUAGGAGCAGAGAUGGAAAUGAUAUAUAAGGUUGGCAAAAUAAUAGAUUAAAAUGUUAGACCAAUUACGAAGAGUCAUAAAAAACUAAUAUCAUCUGAUAAUUAAUAGAAGGGUCUCAUCAGAGAAGAAGAUGAUUUUAAGGAGGAAUGA